AUGGAUAACAGCAAGCCAGUGAAGACGCCUCAAGAUCCCGGCCUGAAGCUAACCAAGAACAUGUGUGAACAAGAAUGCAAGCACGAAGACACCAUGUGCAACGUGCCAUAUCGAAGUGCUGUCGGAGGCAUCAUGUAUCUCAUGGUCGCCACACGUCCGGAUCUAGCUGCUGCAGUGGGAUCAUUAUCCCAGUUCUCGUCCGACCCAUGCCCGACUCACUGGCAAGCUUUGAAGCGUGUGCUGAGAUACCUGCAAGCAACGCCCAAUCAUGGUCUUGAGUUUACACGUGAAGAAGGAAGCCGUAUCUGCGGGUACACCGACGCAGACUGGGCCGGCGACAUUGAGUCAAGACGAAGUACAAGCGGCUAUGUGUUCAUGAUGAGCGGAGGAUGCAUCAGCUGGAAAAGCCAGAAACAACGGACGGUCGCGCUAUCUUCAACAGAAGCAGAAUACAUGGCGCUUUCCGAAGCAACCAAAGAAGCAGUAUGGCUCAAAGUGCUUUUGGGGGAACUUGGUGAGAUGACAAGCGACGAAGCGAUCAAGAUGUAUGAAGACAACCAAGGAUCAAUCGCUCUCGCCAAGAACCCGGAGUUCCAUAAGAGAACAAAACACAUCGACAUACGCUACCAUUUUGUGCGUGAGAAGGUGGAAUCAGGUGAAGUCGUUUUGGAGUAUUGCCCGACUCAAGAUAUGCUGGCAGACAUGAUGACCAAGCCGAUCGCCGCUGUACAAUUUGAAAACAUUCGCGAUCGACUUGGGAUCCAAGGUGCCGCAGCUAACGAGUCGAGAGGGAGUGUUGAAAAGACAGCGGUGAUGAACUUUAGACUUCUUGGUCCGAGUGCAAAACGCAAAGUGAAUAUAUAUUUAUAA